AUGGAGCCCACGAUCAACGUUCUUCUCGCGACCUUCGCCGGCCUGGGGCUCCCACGCACACUAUCACUACCCACGAAAACGACGUCUUCCGUUGGAGAUGUAUACAACUCAAUACUGGACCGACUACCACCUUUGAACGAUGCUCUGAUCAUCACUACCGUCUCAAACAAGCAACUGUUACCCUCAAGUCAUCAGCCGAUCACAUCUCUCCUCGAUUCGCCAACCGACAGACUCCUUUCCCUCCGCCUCAGCCGGAGACUAUGCGGAGGCAAGGGAGGCUUCGGCUCCCAGCUACGAGCGGCCGGAGGGCGCAUGAGCAGUCGCAAGAACCGCCAGAACCAGAACGUGAACGGCUCAAACCGCAAUCUCGAUGGCAGGAGACUGCGAACCGUGGACGAAGCGAAGCGGCUGGCAGAGUACUUGGCUAUCAAGCCGGAAAUGGAAAAGAAGGAGCGAGAGGAGAAGAAAAAGCGAUGGGAAGCUGUGGUGGAAGCUGCCGAGAAGCGCGAAGCGGAAAUCAAGAGUGGCGAGGUGGGUGCGAACAGGGGAAGACUGAAUGCGGAGUAUGUUGAGAGCAAAGAAUUGGCGGAGGAGAAGACCCGAGAGGCGGUGCUCAAGGCUAUGAGGGAAGGCAUGCUGGAGGAGAGAACCGGUAGUGAGAGUUCUUUGGACGCUGAAGCGGAAGAUGAGAGCGGAGAUGAUGGAGGCGAGGAGAGCUCUGGGUCGAGUGAGGACACCAAGGGCAAGAGUUCUGCGUCGCGCAGCUUCUUCGGAUGGGAUGAAGACGAAGACGACGAGUCGGACGAAGAGGAAGAGGAUGCACCGGCGCCCGCUGUCCCAACAGAGGCUCCCGUAUACGAGGGCAAAGGAAAGGCACGAGCGACAUGA